ACAUCUUGUCUAGAAAGUGACCAGUGAGUGAACAGUUAUCUUUUUGUUUUAAGUAUUGUUAUUGUUGUUGUUUUAAAACCUUAUCCGCUGGUUAAUAAUAAUAUAGAUAACGUGCAUGGAGAUAACAUUAAUGGUUUGUUGAGAGGAGAACAUAAUGCACUAAUGCCGUUAUAUGGAAUAAUAAAGCAGCAGCUACUAUAAUAUGAAGAAAGUAGUCCCUGCCGUCACGGCCGUGUGGGCGAGUCACCCUGUAUAAAUACGCCGGGUUGUCAAACAGUAAAGUUUCUCUGGACCCUCCAUGCAAACUGUCAGCUGAAGACAAACUGGGAAAGCCUGUGGCCAUUUGAGAAUUGGGGCAGCAGUUAAGACAUUCAACAACAAUAAGGUGAAAAAUAUCUAGUGGUCAGCAUCUGAAUCACCGACUCGACACAUCCGCCUUGAAAUCCGAGACAACACAAGGGAAUUAUAACAAACGCAGGAGUACAAGCGGAGCUAGUGCAUCAGUGACGGUAGUCGGGACCUGACGACAUUGUUGCAUAUCUGUGAGGACAAAAGACGGCCUGCAACUUGCUGCCCCCGCCUUCAAGGUGCCUUUACCAUGGUGACACUAAAAGAAUCCUACACGUUACAAUAAGCCAGAGGAAGAACUCCUUGUCGCUGUUUCGUUGCCUCUGCGUCAUUUCGAUCACUUUGCUCUCAGGGCGGUGCUGACCUGGUGCAGCCAUGCAUCUGGAGGUGAAGGUCGCCCUCAACUUCAUCGUGUCCUACCUGUACAACAAGCUGCCUCGGCGUCGAGCUGACUUGUUUGGCGAGGAGCUGGAGAGGAUACUGAUGUCUCGUUUUGAGGGCCACUGGUACCCUGAAGCACCUCUCAGGGGCUCAGCGUUCCGCUGCAUUCACCUGGGAGCGCCGAGGGACCCCGUGGUGGAGUUGGCCGCCAAGAGGAGUGGACUGGACACGGAGGAAGUGCGUGCAAAUGUCCCUGCAGAGCUCAGCGUGUGGAUUGACCCUUACGAGGUAUCCUACCAGAUCGGGGAGAAAGGGGCAGUGAAGGUCCUCUACCUGGAGGACCCUCCGGGCCUCGGCUGUGACGGCGAGAGGGCCGAGGGGGUGAUCAGAGAGGGCAAAGGAGACGCGGAGGCGGAGGAGGCCAAGAGUCUGGGCUUUAACCCAGACGCUCAGGUGUUCGUGCCAAUUGGAAGCCAGGAGUCUCCUGCCCUCAUGCCGUCGCUCUCCAGCUCUCCCACCCCUCUGUCUGCCCAGUCCUGCCCCGGGCUCUUCAGUUACCCCAGCUCCAGCACGCCCACUGACCCCGCCACCCACUCCUCGAACACCUCGACCCCUUCUCCGCCCAGCGGCGGGCUGCCCUACCUCUCCGCUCAGCAGCCGCCCUCCACUCUCCCCGCCGCCCGUCCUCAGCCCAUCACAUUCACCACCGCCAGCUUCGCCGCCACCAAAUUCGGCUCGACCAAGAUGAAGAAGUGCAGCGGGGCCGGGUCGGCAGCCGGCCCCGGCCCCGGAGCCGCCAUAACGCCUACCCAGAGGAUGCUCACCCGCUCUCCCACCACCAUCUCGGCACCAGAGCUGCUCAAGCACAAGCCCCUGUCUCUCUCCUUGCACUCGCUCGGAGGUCCCAUCGCCAGCCAGCUCUCCCCCAACGCCAAAGAGUUUGUCUACCCAGGAUCCCCGGGCCCCCUUUACUUUGAUGCCGAUGCCCAGCCCAUGCAGCCACUUGCUAGCCCUUUCCAACCCCCCCACGCUCUCAACACCCAUCCGUCCUUUGACCCGUUCUCCAGCCCUCCCCCUGCCCAGAGUGUGGGCAUCAUUGGCAGCAACGGAGGGAUCCCCUACAUGGAGAAGCCGCCAUUCGUCGAGGGUUUAGGAAGCUACAACCUGCAAUAUCCUAGCCAGUCCUUCCAGCCCGUCGUGCUGGCCAACUAAGCCUUCAUUUGUAACGCUAACAACUGUUGUAGGAGGAGGUGGGUUUGGACAUUGAUGCUCCAGAUCUUUUCAGUUUUUCUAAGAAAUUGAUACUAAUACAAGUUUAGAACUACAAAGAUUUAAAAUACCCCGUCCACUGAAUAAUUCAUGUGAUUGGUUUUGUUCCUCCAUUACCCCCCCCCCCCAGCACCCCCCCACCCCUGACCUGUAGUCUGUUGCCGUUACUCAUCACGUUCUGUGUGUUUGCUUUGACAGGAAUGGGUAGGGUGGGGUGUUCCUUUCUACCUUGAGUGGUUGCCAAUCAUUUGUUUUUGCAUUGAAUGUUAAUGUGAGGGGCUUUUUCUUUUUUCUUGACUUGUUGUUUAAUGGACCCGGCUGUAGUAUGGCUCCAUUUUGCACUGCACUGUCAUGCUGUGAAAAAGGACCUUGCCAAGUCCUGCAGGGAGCGACGGCUGUGGGAAAAGCUCAGCACUUUGCUCUGCAAUCUGCUCUGCCCUACUUGCAACAAAUACAGAGGUGUGUGUGUGCGUGUGCGUGUGCGUGUGCGCGUGCGCGUGUGCGUGUGUGUGUGUGUGUGUGUGUGUGGUCCUGCUCUGUUAUGUUGUGGCUCAGCGUGAUGGAGAGACUCAUUGUUUGUACGGUGGGCCCGUUCCCCUUGAAAGGCACUCGUGCGCACGCACAUUUUGACACUGUUGUUGUUGCCGGGCGUAAAUCGGAGGCAGUUUAUCGUCAGCUGGAAUGUGUACAUGACACGAGUUUAAAUGGAAGUGAGAGCAGUGGAGGGAGCAGAAAGAGAGCAUCGGGGUGUUAAGGCAGUGUGAUGUAUAAGAAUGUGUUGUAUCUGUCGUGGGGGGGGGGGGGAAGGUCAGGGAGACCUUGGUGAAUGUGAAAAACAAGUAAAUCUUUGUAUUUUAAGACGACGACGAUGCGCUGAUACCUCAAUCAUACAGACUGGGAUGCAAGUUAUGGUUUCACACAUGUAUUCAAAUGGAGAGACACACAUAGAAAUAUGCGCACAAAUGCACAAUUCCAGUCAGCAGUGUGUGUGUGUGUGUGAGAAGGUGACGAGGCGUAGUGGAUGCAGCAGUUAAGCAGUAGGAUUGUGAUAAAUGGCUUGGUAUGACUUUGACUAUGAAGGAGAGGUUUUCCUCUGCAGGAAGGGGGGGAAGAGAGGGAGAUAAGAGAGAGAAGGGAAGACCGGAGAAAGCGAAUAGAGAAGCAGCUCGAGGGUUCUGUUGCCUCUGUGGCUACCAGGCUGUAUUGGCUCAGAGAGCGACACUUUGACACCCAGAACACGUUUCUGGUGAGCUUAAAUGGUAUUGAAGCCAAAGGCUAACACUAUUCUCUCCCUCGUCUUGUGAUUCUUCAGUGAUCUGUGGCUGCCAACAACGGACAAACCAGAAUGGUACAGUUACAGGUUGCUCUGUCUCUUUCUUUUUGUUCCCCAGUUAUGUGAACAAAGAUGCAACGGUGAAUGUUCUUUCACUGGUCUGUAGCUUUUAUUGGCUGGCUUGUCAGAUCUCUGGAAGUCUGCUGUUUUGCUAACAAUGGUUUGUUUACCAGCCGUGUCCACGGGAUUGUCAGUUAGUCACUGCAGGGAAGGGUAACUCUCAGAUGUCCAUUUGAGCUGUCCAGCACUUUAUUACUGGGCUCCUGAGGCGGUGUGUCGCCCACAGACACGAGCGCUGACACCAUUCCUUUGCCCUCUGUUUGGAAAUGGCACAUUUUUAUUCAGCUAUCAUGAAAUGCUUUAGAGAUUCAAACGGGAGCUUAAUUUCAUUCAAGUGCAUCAAGCUGGUGAGGAGGCGCAGUUGGUCAUGUCCGUUUAUUUGAAUGUUUUCAAGUCUGUUUUUGUAUAAGAUGACCCGUGGACCCUUGACUUGUGCUCACGCUGGUUUUGCAAUGUGACAGCUUGUCAUACGCAUGCGAGUUUGUAUUUCUUUUUUUUUUUUUCUUUUCAAGGGGAAUGAGUGGAGAGGUACACAUCGUAAAGGGGAAAGAUUUAUAGUUUUAUGUUUUGUAAUUUAUUUCCAAUAUUUCUAUAUUUUUGUUUUUGCAAAAUGAUCACAUACAUUUGUAUGAGUAAGACAUGACAAGUCCAGGAAUAUGUAUAUACAAAGUUCUUAUGUUCAGAUUCUUUGUUUAGUUUCUUACAUGCCGAGGUUAUUUUUCCAGAAAAUAACAUGAAUAUAUGCAAACUGAGACAAAAAUAAAAGAUGUACAGAAUAAAGUAUUGAAUGUGUAUUGUACCUUGUGCAGAAUUUGUCUAAUAAGACGGGUAAAUGUAUUUGUUCUUCAAGUUGGAUUUGAAGCUUAAGAUGUGAAUGUUUACAGUGGGUUUGUGUGGGAAAGGAUGGCUGAUAUCACACUUCUUUUCAGAGUUUUCCCAGGGCAGCCUGACGACACUACUCCCAUAGGCAGUACAUUUAAACCAAAAAACCUUUUCAGUGCAAUGUCCAUUCCCCCCUUAUGUGAAUUCACUGCAUAUUGUGGUCGCCCCGCUUAUUUUCCCCCUGAAUAAGUGUCCAUCACUGGGUUUCGUUGUUUGUUUUUUUAGGGGGGAGGGAUUUGAAAAACUAUUAUAAACCAUUUCUCGUCAACAAUACUGAAUAACUCCCCUGUUUUUUGUCUGUGCUACUAGAGUACCUAAACCCAAAUAUAUAUUUUGACCUCCCUCAUAUAAUAUCUAUAUCCCACCUCAUUCUUUCUCAGUGGGCUCUCUUCUCCCCCACCAGCCUGGUCCCUUUGGUCCUGAUACUAUAGCCAUAUCCCAGACUGUCUUUUGCGUACACGGAUGCUCACCCUUCUCCAGUGCAAUGUAAUGCCAUAAUUUAAAUUACCCUGAAGGAUUCAAGGGGUCUCUACCUCUCUGCACCCGGGAAUGGGGAAAAAAAAAAGAAAUCCAGUAUAUCUCCUCUUUAGGAAGACAGUGUUAACGGCAGGUUUAAGAAGGAUAAAGGAAAUGAAUGUGCUGUGGAUGUGAUCUGUUGUUCGUCAACCCUGGUUGAGAUGGCCUGUGGAAAAUACAUGAGGAAACAUCUUUUUUUUGUGUGUGUGUUAAAGAGAUGUUUAGUCUCAUGCAUGUCCAAAAAGUCCAAGUGACAACUUUUUAGUUUUUUUUUUUUUUUUUUUCCAUAUUUGUCAGAUUAUUCCGAACAAACGAGGUGUGUUGUUAAAUUUCCUCUGCGUACGAAUCGGGCUCUUGAGGUGAGGGAUCUGAGGAUGUGAGGCGUUGCUGUAAAAGCUGUUUUGCCCUCGCGUCUUUUUAAGAGCGAAUGCUGGUUUGUUUCCCACUUGAAAAGAACACUUUGGUGUUUUUAAACUCGCCACAGAUCGACUCUAAACGCAGGCUAUUCCACGAUCAGGGUUGAACAUCAAUGAGGAAAAACAAGAAUUUUGUAUUCUGAUGUCCUUUUGCUUAUAUCGAUGUGUGCGUUUUAUUUUGCACUUUGGAAUAUUUCAUUGUCAUAAAAGAAGUUUAUUUUCUAUGUAAAAAAUUUAACAUUUAAGAUUAAAAUAGAUAUAAUUCAAAGUUCAGAUGAUGUAUAAAUAUAGUGCUUUCUUUCCUGCCUGUAUUUUAUUAUUUUUCCUAUUUUGUAUCUGAUCUGUACACCCUGUAGAUGUGUUAUGAAUCUUUCACUACUCAAAUGCAAUGACCUGUUUUCUGUGCUGCCCCCCCCCGGGGAUGGGGAGUUACUACUGCAGUUUCUUAUUGUAUCAGAUUCUUUUUUAAGUUUGUAAUAAAAAAAAAAACAGAUUGGCAAAAAUAA